UUACUCACUUGCAGUUGUAGUACAUACACACUUCAUUGGGGAUUUUUUUCUCCCUCUCUGUAUACGAUUGUAUAGUAGUAUUUUUGCAAGAUGUCAGGCAAACUGAGAAAAUUAACAAAAGUCCUGAUAUUGAUUUCAUGUACACGAAGGCUCUGUAUUAUGCUCUUCCAAUGGAUUAUAUGACAGUAGCAAAACUUCAGACUAAGCUAGAUGGAGAGGCUAAACAGAAUACUGUUCGAAAAUUGAUCGACAAGAUAGCUCAGGAUGGAUACCUGAAAAGCUCAGGCAGCAAGAGAUUGGGUAGGCGUGUUGUUCACUCUGAAUCCACCAACAUAAAGCUCAUUGAAGUCAAAAAGAUUAUAGAGGACCAACCUAUGGUGAAUUCACUACCAUCUUAUGCUUCUUACCUCACUACAUGACUGAGAUUGUUUUUUAGUAUGAUAAAGCAUUAAAUAUCAUUUAUAUCCUUCAUUCAUCCACUUCAAGCAGGAAAUAGAUACCAAAGGAAAUAGAUAUCAUUUAUAUCCUU